AUGUCGAUGUUUCUAAGAUCAGCUUGGCUUCUGGUCAUACCGACUCCACUAAAUGCCCUUAUACAAAUACGUACAGCCACCAAAAGAGUAUCGGGCUCUAAAACGAGUAAUAAGGAUUCAGCAGGUAGAAGACUUGGUCCAAAAGUAAAUGAAGGUCAUUUUGUUAAGCCAGGUCAGAUUAUAAUGAGACAAAGAGGUACUAGGAUUCACCCUGGGGAUAAUGUCAAAAUUGGUGUGGAUCAUACAAUUUAUGCGAUUGAACCAGGAUAUAUUAGAUUUUACUAUGAUCCUUUCCAUCCCACGAGAAAAUAUGUUGGAGUAUCAUUAAAGAAAGAUAUGAAACUACCAAAAGAUCAUUUUGAACCCCGAUUGAGACGAUUUGGGUAUAAACAAAUCUUAAAUAAAAAGAAAGCAAGUGAAGAAGAAGAAUCAAUGUCACGAAAAGAAUUACAAUCACAGCCAUUUUUGAAAAAACAAGAAAGAAGAAAUUUGCUUCAUCGUAGCCGAAGUAUGAACACUUAUAAUGAAAAAAUUGCUGAUUUUAAAUUGGAAACAGAUCCAAAUUUGACAUCGGAAAGAUUAUUUGAAAUAUCACAGUUAGUCUCUAAUUAUGGUUUAACGAAAGCUAGAGAACAAGUUACAUAUAAUAAACUUUACGAUUUCAGACUUCAAUAUAGACUUGGCAAACUUUCUAAAGAGCAAUUUGAUUCAGCUAAAUUAGAGUAUAGGAAACUUGCUGACGAGGUUGAUUCUAAGAUCGGAGUGUGUCCUCAAGGUAAAUUGUUCAAUGUUGAAACAUUACCAUCAAAGAUACAACUAACCGAACAAUUAAAGGAAUUGUUUCAAUCACAAGCAAUCACCAAAGAAUACAGAAUAAAAGCGAAUGAAAUUAUACAGACUCCUGGAGUUUUUAAUAGAGCAGAGCAGGAGAAAUUAACGAAACAAUAUAUUCCUAAUAUUUUACCAUUGAACGUACCAGGAUCAGUCGUGACGAACAUUGAUACGAAAAAUGUACCCACAAAUUUGAAGAUUCAAAAAAUAUUUGAUGAAGCAACUCGAAAAGUUUCAAUAAUCGGACGCCCUAAUGCGGUUUUCAGUUGA